CGUGGAUAAGUAGCUGCAGCGGCCGUGCAAGAGACCUCUGUCUUCGGCUGUGACCAUGGCCAGGACUGGGUUCUGCGACACCAAGCCUCUGCUGGACUUACACAAGAAGGCGGAUGAAAGGCGAGCCCCACUAAGAACCUGGGCUAAUGCCUCUGGGCCUAUAGAUCGCUGGCAGCCUGUAGAAGCAGACGAGUCCAGGAUGAACCUGCUUAAAAUGGAACCAGAACGCAGAUGGGAAAGGAGGCUGUCCUUGCAAACCAGUGAAGGCAUCAUCAUGGGGUUUCAUGAGGACAGUAGGGCAUGGUCACCUGGUAAAUUAAUUGCAGAAGGGUGUGUAGAAGAUCCUGUGCUGCUUUAUCCUUGUGGCCUGCAGGGUCUUCCUAGCCUACAAGUGCUGGUUCCUAGUUUGUUGCGCCAUGAAAUAGAGAAGGCAUUAGAGAAAUUAGAUCUCAUAUGGGACCGGACAUAUGCCUGGGAGAUGUUUCUAGACAUGAUGCGAACCCAAACACAGAACUCUCUUCCCAGUGCUGACCUCCCCAGGUAUUUUACUGAUGCCACUCAAGGUAUUCUGGUGGAUUGGCUCAUUCAGGUUCAUGAAAUGAUGCACUUUCAAGAUGAGACCCUUUAUCUGGCUAUACACCUCCUCAACCGCUCACUGCGAUUAAUCAAGGUGACCACAGCCAACCUGCAGCUCCUUGGCAUGGUUUGUCUCUUCAUUGCUGCCAAGAAAGAAGAGUGUCUUCUCCCUGAGGUGUCUGGACUCUGCUCCCUGAUGGAUCACACCUAUACUAAGCAUCAGUUUCUGCGAAUGGAACGCAAAGUCCUCUCUGGCCUCAAGUUUGAGCUGUCCUACUCUCCACCUCUUCAUUUCCUGCUUAUUUUUGCCUCUGUUGCUCGCUGCAGUGCCAUGGUAGAUGGACAACAUUUUUGUCAAGAUAUUUUGUGCGCAUUGAUCAGAAAGAUCCAGUGUCACCCCAUCCGGUUAUUUGUGGCACUAGGUGGUGUGGAUGGCUCGUUAUCUGCUGGAGCUGUCGCUCCCGGAGGGCCAGUGUGUGGUGUUUCUGCCCGCUCAGCUCGCUGGAGCCGCACUCUGUUUGGCCCGCCAAGUUGUGCAGGAGCCUACAACAACAGAGGGAGAGGCUGCCUGGUGUUUAGUCUCCAGCAUUCAUGUUGGCAGGUCAGCAACACAUUUAUUCGUCACAAAUGAAUUGGUUACCACAUUUAC